AUGAAACUGAAAUUCAAUUACAACACGCCCGGGUUAUUCUGCAUAUUCGCAAUGCCAAUUGUUCUCAAAUCAUUGGUGUCGAGCAUAUUGAAUCCGUAUGUGAAUGACGAUCAAGUCAGUGGAUAUGUGCAUCCGAGGUUCCUGAAUGUGUUAGAAGCAUUUCGAAGGAACUUCGGAGAAGGCCUUGAGAGAGAAGGUGCCGCAUUUGCGGUUUAUUACAAAGGCGAAGAAAUAAUCAAUUUAUGGGGUGGGUAUGCAGAUAAGGAAGCUGGUCGAAAAUGGAAACAGAAUACAAAAGGAAUCAUGUUUUCCGCAACAAAAGCAAUCUCGUCGAUUGUAAUUGGUGUGAUGGUCGAUCGCGGAAUAUUGCGAUAUGAGGAUAAAGUCGUCGACUUCUGGCCCGCUUAUGGAAAAUAUGGCAAAAAUGAGACAACAAUCGAAGAUGUUCUGAGUCAUAAGGCGGGUCUUCCAUAUUUAACCGAUCACAUUUCGAUUGAAGACGUCAAAAAUGUAUCGAAAGUUCUCGAAAAGGUUGAGAACACGAUUCCCGCAUGGACACCGGGUACUGCCAGUGGAUAUCAUGCGGUCACGUUCGGAUUCAUUUUGGAUGGGAUCGUCAGACAUGCGGAUCCAAAACGAAGAGAUGUCAAGACGUUUUUUGAAGAGGAAAUCGCGAAACCCAAUGAUUUGGACAUUUCGAUAGGUGCCAAAAUCGAAGAAGCUCCAUUUUUGGCGCGUGUUACGACUCCAUCGUUGUGGGAGUUCACUCGAGAUAUCAUCAAGGAUCCCAAGAUUCUCAUAAUGCUUCAUCUCAUGUAUAUGAGAUUCGAUGAUUUGAUUUCAAAAAUGAGAAAUAAUCCCGAUUGGCUUCUAGUAAACUACGACACGAUUGUUCUCAAUGAUCCAGAGAUUGUCUCGUUGAAUUUGGCGGCGGUGACUGGCGUUGGAACGGCUCAUGACAUCGCUCGUCUCUUUUCGAUGAUUGCUCAAAGCGAAUUAAUUUCGAAUCGAACCCUUGACGAAAUAUCGCAGCCAACAUUGAAUAGCUGGCAUUUGGAGAAAGUCACUAUUUGGCCGGUUGUUAAAGGCCACGGAUUUUUCUAUGAGAAACACCCAUUCCUACCGAAUACAUUCACUUUCGGUCAUCCUGGUUACGGUGGCCAAUUUGUGCACGUCGAUCCGGCUACAGGUCUCUCUGUUGCUUAUCUCGCCAAUGGACUGAAGACUGGAACUGGCGAGCUUUGUGGUCCCUACAUGCGGUUGCUGCGAGAAGUGUAUCACUCAAUACGGCCCGAUUUCAACUAA